AUGGCUCUCUCGCCUUCUAUUUCACCCCACACCACUACGACUACCACCACUACCACGAGAAAUACCACCACUUCCACUUCCACUUCCACCUCCACCAUCUCUAAAACUCCCAAUUCCUCUUUCCAUUCCGGAUCUCAUUCAAACUCAAACUCAAAUUCGGUUUCGGUUUCGAAUUUGAUUGACACAAGUAAUUUUCAAGAUCGUGUUGUCCCGUCCUCUCUUACCCAUAAAUCCAAUCCUACACAUAUCUCAACCACAUCUACAACCACAACCACACCCACUUCCACCACAUCCACAUCCACUUCCACUUCCACCACAUCAUCUACCUCAGCCUCAAGUUCACUACCACCACUUUCGGAUAGAUCCAUUCGAGAAGGCGAAACAAGUCAAACUUUGACGAGAGAUUCCUCAAAUUUCUUAUCUUCAGUAAAAUUGUCGGUUCGGCCUCUAACUUUUGAUUCAAAAUCUUCAUUGAUACCUCGCGAAUCGAGUUCAAAGGAACUGAUACCUCGCACGUCUAAUAAUACUACCUCUCAUAAGCAAAAUCGUCAAUCGACUAGCUCAUUAAGACAAAACCGAAGUGGCUUGUUCACCUUAGCUGUAUUGGCAAGAGACAAAACUAGCAACGCAAUUGCAAGUUUGGCUGAACCCGCGUUACGUUCACGUCCUUCAUCAGGCAAUAUUUUAGAUUCACAUCUAGAUCAAAACACUCCUUUGAAUAGUAUUAAAAAUAGGUCCAAGUCGGCAGAAGUUUUAGGAAGCAACAUAGAUCACACAGAUUUAUCUUCCUCGCCCUGCGAAAACUCGACAUCGACUGCCUCCAACACAAUUUCAGAGGAUCCAACUUCCUCCCAUUUUCUGGGUCGUCGUCAGUCGUUACUUGGUACCAACCCUCCCUCGCAGGCGUACUCGAAUACUGCUGCAGAUACCCCACCGUUGAUCCACUCAAAUCACAGGACGACAAAUUCAAGCAAGAUGCAUCAAACAUCGUCGCGCUUGUUGCGCAUGACGAGCGAUGACAGGCCAUUCACUAGAGAUUUCAAAGAUUUAUUCGCAACGUUAGUAGUCAGUUUACCACUGGCAGCGCACCGCAUACGAUUAACUAGAGUGGAACAUUCGUUUCUUUCAGAAGAGGCUAUCAAUAAUUUGGGUUCUUUAAAAUUCUCACAAUCGAAUCGUAUGCCAGAUCCAAAAGACCCUUCACGUAUUGUCACCACCACCACGACCACAACAUUUUCUAUGGCGCGGGAAAUGGCUCGAUCAGUAUGUCAGCGUUUCCUAGAUGCACGAUUUAUCGAAUCUGCGGACGGAAAGCAAGCAAAGGAUUUCACAAUGAAGGGAUCCAUAUGGCAGUUGACGCCAAAAGGUAUUCAUGUUUUGGAAAGAUUUUGCUCGAAGAACGGAAUACAACAAAGACAUGUCGCAGAACUUGUCGCAUCCCCAAGGAAUACAAUGCAGUUGGUUAUUCUAGAAAGAGAUUCUGCUACGGAUAAACUUUCCUCGGAUCGAAGCACAAUCGAGGUUAUUUUCCGCAGGUUUGUUGGUCAAAAUGGACCGAAUAUUAAGACCAGCACCACAUCAGCUGAUUCGGAUUCUUUGAGCGAGUACAAGGAUGGAAUUGCUGGUGUGAGAAUGGCAGGAGAGCGUAAAGUUGGAUCGCCACCCAGAACUGUUUAUCAAACAUUUACUGGAAAGGCCGCUUCCCGACAGGCAAUACCAGCAACAACUCCUCCUUCAGAUGAUAAGAGGGAUUUCCGAUUCCAGCCUACAAAGUAUGCCUACUAUCAAUUAUCACAAAAAGGCAAGGAUGUGAUCAAUAUGACUUCAAGAGAUCGUACUUCAGAGAGCGAAGGAAGUUCAGCAGCAGUGAGAGCUGGUGUGUCCCGAGAUUCGAAUACUCAAAAGUUGGACAAAAUUCUUAAUGAUGCCGCACUUCGUUUACUUUUCCGCGAAAACCUUCGGGACACCCAUUGUGAGGAGAACUUGUCUUUCUAUCUAGAUGUCGAGGAAUUCUUGAAGUCGUGCAAAGCAGCCGUAAGAAAUGUAGACCCAACCAGGGGCAAAUCAGGAGGAAGUCUCGAUUCCGUCAAGGAAACUAUGGCAUCGGCCUAUGGUAUUUACAAUGCAUUCUUAGCUCCAGGCUCACCUUGCGAACUUAACAUCGAUCAUAUGCUCAGAAAUCAAUUGGCAACUAGAAUGACCAAGGCUGUCGGACAAGAUGCUGCUAUGGUUGAGAGUUUGAAGGAAGUCACAAAGUUAUUUGAAGAGGCUCAAUUAUCUGUCUUCAAGUUGAUGGCUAGUGACUCCGUACCAAAAUUCAUGAAGAGCUCAAAAUAUGAACAAACUCUUAAGAAUUACGAUUUCGAUUCAAUAUCUCCAAAUGGACAACGGUACAACUUACCUGAACGAUCUGCUAGCAAAUCUAACAGGUAG